AUGGAUAACCUUGGCAAGAUCUCUGCGUUCGGAAAGAGCUUUGGUGCUUCUUUCACGCCUUUUGCUGCAAGGACGCAGCAGUAUGUCAAGGAGCAGCUCGGUCAGGCUGAGGACAAGACCCAGCUCCCUCCGGACUACAUCGAGCUCGAGAAGCGCAUCGAUGCGCUGAGGAAGGUGCACACGAACAUGCUCCAGGUCACCUCGCAAUACUCCAAUGAAGCCUACGACUACCCUGCGAACCUCCGCGAGUCUUUCAACGAUCUCGGCCGCACUGUCUCGGAGAAGGUCAAUCUUCUGUCCAGCGCGACAUCGCCCGCAGAGGCGCAGGCAGCCCUCACCGCUCCUCCCUCCGCGAAACCUCAGCCCAAGACCUUCAGCCAUGCUGUUGCCCGCGCAGCCCUGAACAGCUCGCAUAUACUCACCGCCGAGCAGUCUGGCUCUAGCGAAGAUCCCCUUGCUACUGCCCUCGAGAAGUACGCUAUCGCCAGCGAGAAGGUCGGCGAGGCCCGUUUGGCGCAGGAUGCCCAGAUCCAGAGCAGGUUUCUGGCUGGGUGGAGCACAACUCUGAACACCAACAUCCAGUUCGCAACACGUGCUCGCAAGCAGGUCGAGAACUCGAGACUAAGCCUGGAUGCUACCAAGGCCAACGCCAAGGGUGGUGCUUUCACUCUGCCUGGCCAGGCACCCAAGCAGAGCCACGGCGAGGAGGACCUGAGCGAAGAGGCUCGUGCUAAGAUCGAGCAGGCCGAGGAUGAAUUUGUCGCCCAGACAGAGGAGGCUGUCGGCGUUAUGAAGAAUGUCCUCGACACACCCGAGCCCCUCCGCAACCUCGCCGACCUCAUCGCCGCCCAGCUCGAAUACCACAAGAAGGCAUACGAGAUUCUGUCUGAGUUGGAUGCGGUUGUUCAAGGAAUUAUUUAG